UUUUUAGCAAGCGGCAAACGCGCAACAAAUCGUUCCGAAAACCCAUACAAAAUUCAAAAAUAAAAAUUGAGAAACGAUCGCGGUAAAUUGUGAAAUUCAUUUUUGCCAUUAAAUUUUUGACAUGAUUGCGAUUAAAAAUCCACAAAGUGAACCAAGCAAAAGGCCUACAGCUAUUGCCAGUUGGAACAAAUAACCCAAAGAAAAAAGAAGAGAGAAAUCAAAGUGAAAACUGAGUAAAAAAGAAAUUUCAAAUCAAACUUUUGGAAGCUCUAGAAAUGGCGCGAGGCCUGUGGCUGCUGCUGCUGCUGUCGAUUUCCAUCGAGGCAAUGCCCCCUACACAUCAUCUCAAUCAGAGCUGCCCAUACCAAAACCAAUGCAGUCCUGCGAUCAAUUGGCAGCAUAUCCGUAGACUGGAGAGCUAUGUGCGUAGAGAUGUGGAUCCCUGUGUAGAUUUCUAUGCCUAUGCCUGUGGCAAUUGGCGGCGCAUCCAUGGCGAGGGUGGCACAGCCACAACGAUAAGUGAGGCACAGAUCAAUCAGCGCUUUGAGGACUUAUUCCUGCGUCUGCUGCAAGAUCCAAGUGCACCGGAACAUGGCUAUCCCAUGCAACAGAAGCUGCUGAGCCACUACCAGAGCUGCACGGUGCUGACAAGUCCCAAUCUUAGGCAAUAUCUGCAGCAUUUGCCACCACUGCCCUCGCUGGACACCUCCCACUGGAUGCAGCUGGUCUCUAUCCUGGGACGGUAUGGCUAUCACGAUCAUUAUGUGCAAAUCGAAGUGCGGCAUCACAACAUCAGCCAGCACAUGAUCUUCAUACAGCCGCACAACCACAAUCUGAGUCUGAAUUUCACGCGGGAGAUUUAUGAGGCACUACCACAGCGGCAUCUAUGCUUUCAUCAGCUCAAAGAGAUGUUUAGUCGACUGGAGGUACACCUCAACCGGCUGGCCAAGCCCAACGUUGCGGAUGAUAGUUUUCACAACCUGACGCUGGAGGAGAUUCGCAGGAGAGUGCCGGAAUUGGACUGGUUGGGAGCCCUGAAGCGGCAGCUGAAUCGUUCAUCGGUGAAUGCUGAUCAUUCGUUCCAAGUGGAUGAGCUGUCGGCCAUCAGGCAGUUGAUUUUGUACCUCAAUCGACAGGACAGACUACUACUGAAUCUGUACAGCCUUGCUAGAUUUCUGAGCCAUCUACUGCAACUGCCACACAACCCAUUGGGUAGCCAAUCAUCGUCUCCUUUGGAGUCUUCGAAAUCCCUAUCCAUUGCCUGUAUUCGUCACAUGCGUCGAACCCUCUAUCUGCCCAUGAUUUAUGCCUACGAGAGGGUAUACUAUGCGCAGCAGCGACCAUCCGAUGAACGUGUCAUCCACAGUGUCUUCACAGAGCUCAAGGAUCAGCUGGUGCAGACGCUGGACCAAAACAACUUCAAUCUCAACAGAGGACUAGUGGAGGCGCUGCAGACAAAGGUCCUGGGCAUGCGCUUGAAUGUCGGAAAUGUACCCAGAAAUGUCACGGAGGAUUUCUUCUGGGCCGCCGACAGAAACUGGAUUGUGGGCCACGACUUUCACGAGAACCAUCUGAACAGCCUGCUCUACUACUAUUCGCUGACGGCAGAACUGGAGGACAAUCCCAACGCCACAGAGAAGGCUCUAUGGUACAGUUUCAACAAUCAUUCGCCCGAUCUCACGGACAACAUCGAUGCCACGCCUUACUUUUACUGCCUGGGGAAUAUCAUUAUUAUUCCGUACUCGUACGCUCAGCUGCCGUUCUACCACUCUGAGUUCUGGCCGGCAAUGCUCUACGGAGAUUUGGCUAACACAUUGGGCCACGAGAUGCUGCAUGCCUUCGAUACGGAUUUGGUGGACUACGAUGUUCAGGGCAAUAUGCGUGACUACAGCGAACAGCUUCAACAGCAGCCACUGUAUGUGGAGGCCGUCAAGUGCCUGAACGACAGCUCUGUGGUGCUGAAUGAACGCACCUCGGAUGUCAGUGGAUCGCGGCUGGCGUUUCGCACCUACAUGAAGGAUUCUCAGAGCCGACAGUCGAAUGGCAGAUACUAUUUCCUGCAGUUCUCGCAUUUCUUUUGCGGCGACGAGGGCGACAGAUACCACGACAUGGGCAGCACGCGCCUCAAUUAUGCCUUGAGUCAGAUGCCACAGUUUGCCGAGUACUUUCAGUGUGCCAGGGGCACUCCCAUGAAUUCUGCCAUCCAAUGCCAGUUUUGGUAGCCAAUCUAUAGAGUAUAUCGAUUAGUAUCUUUAGCAUUUAGUUUAGUGUUUAGUCGGUGUGUAGCUUUAAUUAGUUGCCCCUUCCACAACCCCCCUCUCAAGUAUUGUGAAUAAAUAUCCUUGUUUAGGAACCUUUAACU